UCCUCCGCUCAUGGCGUCAGGCUGCCGGCGUCCGGAGCUCGCGGGCGGUGGCGGGCCGACGAUCCUUCGUUGAGCACCGACACCGAGCGGCGAAUCAGGGCGUCGAGGGAGGUUUUCGGGCAAGCGUCGAGGGAGCAGGGAACGGCACCAUGUCGACCGAGGGCGAGGCGGAGAAGCCGAAGUCAUUCAAGCUCCUGGGUAUCUUGGAUGUGCAGAACAUUCCUUGUGCCCGAGACUCUGUACUGUAUGGCUCAGCCGGUGCUGUCGUUGCUGGGUUUGGCCACUUCUUAGCAACAAGCAGAAUAAAGAGAUCUUUUGACUUUGGUGUGGGGAGUUUCCUACUUACGACUUUGGGAACUUGGAUGUUCUGCAGAUACCAGAAUGCAAAGCUGAGAAUCCAGAAUCGAAUGGUGCAGGAGGGUGUGAGAAACAAAGUCAUGUACGAAGGAACCAAAAUGGAUCCAACAAAAAAGGCAGAUAGAAGCAGCGGAGACAACCAAGCAGACACUCCAUAGACCACUGAGCCUGAGAGCUAAGUGGUUUGCAGCCAGGAGGAUUACUUGUGAAGGAUUUCAUUUCGAACCUUGGUAGCUCCAUUGGCUGUUGACGAUAAAACAUUGUCUAUACGUAGGUCUCCAGCAUACAAGGAACUCUCAGUGCAAGGAGCACGGUGGGGACAACGUCCAUCUGAAUGCUUCAGCUGCAAGGAGUUGGACUUCUGCUUUAUUUUGGCAAGGAGAAACUUCCAUGGUGAGAGACAGAAGAUGUUGGUAACACUCACCAGGCCGGGAAGCAUCCGUGGAGAGAGAAAGCAAAGGGAUGAAUGACUUUCAAUGUUUUCUCCUCCACAUGCUGCCUGGCCUGCUGAGUGUUCGGUGGUUUCUGUCCUUAGUUCAGGUUUCCAUUGAUUACAGUUCUUUUGGUUAUGUGCUUCCAGUGUGAAGUGAUGCUGGCAAUUUGGAUGCACGGGUUUUUUUUUCCUGUCUAUUAAUUUCAACAGCUGGAAAAUCAGUCAUAGCUUGGGCUUGCUGCUGUGUACAAAAGCAUUUGAAUCUAAAAUCGUUGGUUAUAAGGGACUGACUUAAAUUAAAGGCCUCAAAUAUUG